AUGGCACCUCCAGAGAAAGUAGCAGGGUCGUAUCUUGGCCCAGCCACCGGCAGGCCAGAACCACCUUCUGCGCUGGACUUUAUCAAGCACCAGAUUUACGCUCCGGAGUACAGGGAAGGGAACUUGACCAUCGCCAAAGCCAUCGGCAUGUUCGCCGUCGGGGUGUUCUUUGUACGAUCGGGGUUCAGUUCGGUUCUCAUUCCAGCAUUAUAA